GCACACGACGCUGAAGCGGGCAUGGUGUCCAGCACGGCCUUUGGCCCUAGCACCGUGGUCGUCAACGAGGUCAUCUUCGGCACCGCCGCGGACGCCCUAGCCAAGCUCAUCGAUGGCAUGCCAGUGCAUCUACCCUUAUUCUUGCGUGCCGCAAAUGAGUUGGACAUGGAGUGCGACAGUGAUCCGCUGAUCGUGCAGGUGACCGACGCUGCGAAGGCAGCGGACCUGAAGAGGUUCGCGAUAGGAACCCUUCGCCAGGCGCAGAUCGACGCUGACCACUCCAGCAUCGUUUUCGGCGCAGUCGGAUCCGCCGGCGUUUCGGC